AUGUCCGAUCCUCGAUUUGCUCGCCUCAAGUCAGACCCGCGCUUUCGCAAACCCAGACGAGCAAAGAACAAGGUUGUUGUUGACUCGAGGUUCAAGUCUUUACUUGGUGAAGAGGAUGAUGGUAAUGGGAACAAAGCCACCCAAAAGGCGCGGGUAGAUAAAUAUGGCCGUAAAAUAUCCAAGUCAAAAGACAAGGACAAUCUGCGCCGUUUCUACCGUCUAGACGAGGGUGAGGAAAGUAGCUCCAAACCACCAGCGCCUGCUAUCGACUAUGCCCGAGGUGAGGUCCUCAUGGAGAGUUCUAGUGAAGAGGAAGCCUCUGGAGAAUCGGAUGAGUCGGAUACGGAAGAGGUUGCUAUUGGCCGACAGGUUUCGCAGCCAAGUACAAGCAAAGGCAAAAAGGCCAACGAAUUACUCGAUAUCGACCUGGAUGAAUCCACCUUUGCUGAUUUGGAUGCACAGGCCAAAGCAUACACAUCUAAUACUCAAGAAGACGAGGGUGAUGAAGAGACGGCUGAGCCCACAACCAGGCUUGCAGCGGUUAAUUUGGAUUGGGACCAUGUCACAGCCGCACACCUGUUCCGCGUUACUACCUCUGUGCUGCCAGCUGGAGGCAAGUCAAAGGUCUUGCGAGUGGCGGUAUACCCCAGUGAUUUCGGGAAAGAAAGGAUGGAGAAAGAGGAGCGCGAAGGUCCGCCUAAAGAACUCUUCAAAAAGGGUCGGGGUGCACGUGCAGAUGAAGUGGAUUCGGACGAGGAGGUCAACGCGGAAACUAUCUUCACUGCACAGAAUGGAGAAGACGAUUAUGAUGACGACGCGCUACGACAGUAUCAGCUGGAUAGAUUACGAUACUACUAUGCGAUUAUUACAUGUGACUCCCCGUCCACCGCAUCGCACAUCUAUAAUGAAUUACAUGGAACAGAGCUGGAGCGCUCGGCCAACAUUUUCGACUUUAGUUACGUUCCAGAGGAUAUGGAGUUUACGCAAGAAUCCCGAGACGAAUGCACUUCUGAAGCUCAAGCGUCCACGAAAGGAAUGGACUUCGUCACUGACGCUUUACGGCAUUCUAAAGUCAAGCUAACUUGGGAUGACGACGAUCCUGAAAGGAACAAAAUCACUCGGAGACGGAUGACAAGAAAAGAAGUUGAGGAGGAAGAUUUCCGCGCUUUGUUGGCAUCCAGCAGCGAAGAUGACGACGAAAACGAAACCCCCUUGGAGGGCAAGCGUCAAGACCGUGAAACAUUGCGAGGCCUGCUGCUUGGUGGAGACAACGACGAUCUUCCAGAAGGAUGGGGUGACGAUGGAGGAAAUAAUAAGUCUGGGGACCUCGAAAUCACGUUUAUGCCGGCACUGAGCUCCAAGGCGCCGAUCGAUGAAGAGGAAGAAACAACCCUCGAUCGAUACAAGCGCAAGCAAAAGGAGAAAAGGCAGCAGAAGAAAUCCAAACGCGACGCCGAUCCCACACUCGCCAAGGACGAUGGAGAGUCUGGAGACGACUUCUUUGGUAAUGAUGGCGAGGACGAAGUUGUGCCUCCACCUGCAAAACCAGGAAACAAGCCCAAGGGCUCCAACCUCUCUGAUUCGACCCAGGAAGAUCGUAAGGUGUCGAAUGAUGCCGAGUUGGAGCUGUUACUCGCACCAGAUCCGAAUACGGCCGCCGACAUCGAACCAAAACAUUUUGAUAUGCGCGCAGUUAUCAAAGCCGAGAAAGCAAGUCGGUCGGGGAAGAAAUCGCGCCGAAGGGACAAAAAGGGAGUGAAUAUGAAUGAGGCGGAGGAUGGGCGGGACUUCCAUAUUGAUGUCAAGGACGAACGGUUUGCUGCACUUCACGAGGAUCACGCAUUUGCUAUCGACCCGUCUAACCCACACUUCCAAAAUACGAAAGCGAUGAAGGCACUUCUUGAUGAGCGAGCAAAGAGACAGCGAGAGCAGCAAUCCAAGGAAGAGGCUCAAGCACGAGAAAAGAUCAAGGCCGUUCGGGAGAAUGAUUCAGACGACCGAAGUCUGAAAAGUAUUGUUGAGAGUGUGAAGCGAAAAAGUAGCAUCGCUCGGCCGGGUAUUGGCAAGCGACAGAAAUUGUGA